CCGCCGCUGCGAGCCCUCAGUGUCUGGAUCUACGUUGUAGAUAGAUGGGCUACAUGCCACACGCCAUUAGCCUACAGGCUGCAAAGGUUCAACGUUUGAUUUCACGUUUUUUGCCGUUGUUCUCCUUCCUGUUCUUCUUCUUCUUCUCGGGGCUUCUUUUUUUGUCCUCUGCUUGGAUACCGCUGACUUAGGCAUUGGACAUGUGCACACAGGAUGAUGACAACCCCUUUCCUCCCCGUAGAAGUAAAAUAAAAUAGGCUUUCGCACACACUGGAUUUACUCCUGUCGUUCCAUAUGAAGAAGCCAAAAAUUUGGAUACGCGUCUGUGUCCAUUUACUGCUGUUCAUCACGCUUGGGGUACAUUCAAGUAAAUUUGACGUCAACCCAGUGACAGAUGACAUCGCUAGUCUCUCUAUUUUGAGACAAAAUAUUCCUAAAGAUUACAAAAUUCCUGUACACUACGUUCCUAAAGAAGAGGGAGGGAUGUGUUGGGUAAAAUUAAACAUCUUCUACUUGGAGGAGAGUUUACAAGAUUUAGCACAUAAGUUUGGAAACAUUUCAUCCAACAGAAAAGAUAUUAGCAUAUUCAUCCAAAUGCUCCAAGAACUGCGGCUCAACAUGGGGUCUCUGGAGCCCAUCAUGUAUGACUUUGAGUGCCACUACAGGGAAGAGAGGUGGCAGACAGCGCGAUACUUUGACUUUGUCAAAGACUUCCUUAUAGCUGCACAGAAUAAAGAAGAUUCAGAUGACUGUGACCCUCCUCCCUGUCCCACCACACCAUACUCAGUAACAACAGAAAAAUAUUUAGAAGAAUCGCAACCAUCCAGCUCGGAGUGUGCAACAGGCUGCAGUCCAAAAUAUGAACAGAGCGCCCUGACUGAGGUGGUGGAGCGAAGCCUUCUCUCCUUACUGUUCAUCCCUCUCAUAGCUCUCGUAUUCCUGCUUGUGUGGAAGGUCCGAUCAUGGAGGAACGAGGAGGAUCUUCAACAGAAUCCUGGAGAAGGUGGACUCUUCACAGGAACAGAAGCGACUGCACCUCCACUAGAUGCUGAAAUAUCAGAAAAAAACAAGUUGCAAAUCAUUGAAAUAGUGUAACGCCUCUACCCUUCGAUGUUCUUCAGCGUGAUUGGGCUCUACUCUUUUCUCCUCUUGGUGUCCAAAGGUGAUGAAAAACAAACACAAAGCUGUAAUCCAUAGCGACAUCUCAAAGGUAAAAGGCCUGUUUUUGACUGCGCUCGUAAACGACGGCAGAUUCACGAUCGCCAUGACCAACAUUCCUCUGGAUAAACCAUGCCUGCUACCGUAUGGAUAAGCUUGCCUUUCUUGUAAGACUGCAUUAACCCCAUGCUUUUGAAAAAGACUGACAUUUUAGCAGAGAGCCCCCCGUACCACACCCCCACUGGAUUCUCUUGCUCCAUCAGAACCUGCUGCAUCAUGAACUCUUCAGGGAGAGACCCCCCUCCCCUCCCCCAACCCCCCUCAGCACGUUGCUACAGUCUGCCUGCGUUUUUUGGACCCACCAGUUCAUCUUCAGACAGCACAGCAGAGAGUGACACUGACACUGGUAUCUCCUGUAUGAACUGAGGCAUGAAUUACUACCUCCGGUGACCCUCGUUAACCACAUCUUCAACAGCUCUGCAGUUUGAUCUUAGUCCAGGGUUUUUCCUAAAGAAUAUAAUGUUAAACAUUGUAGUGCCAAGGUGUAGUCACAGUGUCUGGUUUAGGCGUGUACCCGCGGGGGUGUGUGAUGUAUUUAUUUAUUGGUAGCAGCACUGAGCUGCUGCUGUUGAUGAAAUGUUUCAAGCAAUCAUUUAAGAGCACCUCUACUAAUGGGUCACAUUUAAAGAACAGUCUACAGUAUAUACUAACACAUCGUAAACCCCAAAAACACACUCUCCUGAACAAGUUACAAUUCUUCGUAUGAUGUUGUUGUUGUCGGUGUUUAUGACUCGGGUGAUUUAGGUUGUGUGAAUGGAUUACAUGGA